CUUAUUAAAUGCAUACAGACAUGUCGAAUGUUCUUUUAACUUAGGUGUAUAUUUAUAUGUGUAGAAACUGAUGCUUGUGAUCGUUUGUAUCUUCUUAACGAUAAAUCAAUUGCCUUAAGUGCAGUAUGCGUGAUUAUACGAGAACUGGAUCUUUCACAUUAAGAUAGUGUUGUUAAUAUUCUAUGGAUCAAUUAUGUUUUCUAUGGCUCAAGUAAAUAAGGAAGAAUGCGAUUAUUAUCAAAACUUAAAUCUUGGUGAAACAUAUUACAUUUACAAUCCUACAUAUCCAUUUCCAUAUUCUGGACCAAAAUGUACAUGGACUAUCACGAGUUAUCAUCGAAUUAAUUUAAAGUGUUCCUUAGUUGAAUUUUCAAAAACUAAAAACUGCGACAAAGGCAGUUUAACUGUUAAAAAGAAUUUCGCUACCAAAUACUGUGGUAAUAUAACGUUGAAUGUAGAAUCCACAUCAAACAAAAUGAUUGUAAUACUAUCACCACCAGGUAGAUUUUUCUGUGAAGUACAACCAAUAAAAAGAGUAAAAGAUUCUACAAAUUGUAAUUGUGGAUGGAAGAAUCCUUCUAGAAUCGUUGGUGGAAUUAAUACAGGAAUAAAUGAAUUUCCUAUGAUGGCUGGUAUUAAACGCACUUAUGAACCUGGCAUGAUUUGUGGAGCUACUAUAAUAUCUAAACGAUAUGUAUUAACAGCAGCACAUUGCGUCACAGAUGAGAAUUCUACAGAAUUAGCUAUCGUAGUUGGUGAACAUGAUUGGAGUAGUAGGACAGAAACAAAGGCCACAGUAUUACAUAGCAUUAAUAAAGUUAUUAUACAUCCAAACUAUGAUGUCAUAGAAAAGGAUGAUUGGCAAAUAAAUGACAUAGCACUUUUGAAAACAGAAAAAGAUAUUAAAUUUGACGACAAGGUUGGACCUGCUUGUUUACCUUUUCAACAUUUUUUAGAUUCUUUUGCUGGUUCUGAUGUUACUGUAUUGGGUUGGGGUCAUACGAGUUUUAAGGGUAAGCUUUCUCGUAUUUUGCAAAAGGCUACAUUAAGUAUGCUUACACAAGUAGAAUGUCAUAAAUAUUAUGGUAAUAUAAUGGUUAACGCAAUGUGUGCUUAUGCAAAAGGCAAAGAUGCGUGUCAGAUGGAUAGUGGUGGACCAGUUUUAUGGCAAAAUCCUCGAACUAAACGACUUGUAAAUGUAGGAAUUACCAGUUGGGGUGCAGAGUGUGGUAAAUAUCCUGCUGGUAAUACAAAAGUUGGUUCUUAUAUAGAUUGGAUCGUUUCACAAACUCCAGAUGCUGAAUAUUGUGUCAUCGAAUAAAAUAUUGUGUAAUCGAUUUAAAUCAUUACUUAUAGCAAGUAUUCAUUAAUUUCGUUAAUGAUAUAUUACAUUUUUUGUUAAACAAAUUUUAUUGUAGGUAUAAAAGUUUCAUAUAAAUGUAAAAUGUAUAUUUUUAUGUAAAUAUUUAUUAAGAUUUGUCAAUUUUUUAUGUUAAAUUUUAACAUGAUAUAUAUUUUAAAUUUAAAAUUAAUUUAUUAAUAUUUCAAAUAUAUAUAUAUAUGCAUAUAUAUUA